AAUAGCCGUCUGGUGAUCCAGAUUCAUCAAGCUGCACCAAAGCUGCACCGUGGUGGACAACGCAAGGCCGCUAGCAAGAUUAACGGUCUUGCCUCUCCAUGCCGUACCGACUUCCCUUCCCUGGCACUUCCUGGACCCUUCAUACCCUUGCCAGAUUGGACAGCCAGGAAACAGCCCACCCGCCAAGACAAAAGAAAAAAAUGGAAGCGGUGGUGACUUGGGUCCGGCUCUGUCUGGCUCUCACGCUCUUAAGACGGGAUCAGAUAUCUAACCACUAGGGUGCCAUCCACAGCUUGGCCUCUUCUGACUUUCCCUUUCUUCCUUCCCAAACCUCGCCCGCCUCGUGCCAUCUCCUUUUAUUGCUCCAUAUAAAACCGUUGCAUACAUUGCAUCACGGUACCGAGAGAGUAUCGUUUGGCUGCGUGACAAGAGAAGCAGAACGACCGAGACUCCUCAAAGUACCCUCCAGUGCCCCACCUGCUCGACCACCCAGCUCUGCUUGAACCAGUGCAGUUUCCGUUUGCGAACCAUCUGAGAGAGAGCUUUCCCCCCUCCAACAGGCAACACCGACAUACAUUCAAAUUAUUCAUAUUCUCAUCCAUCAACAAGUUCAGCAUAACACACAUCCAUUGUCAAAACCUUUGCCGGGACGAGACCCAGUAGCCACAGCUUAAACUCACAUCAAAUCAACUCAACGCCAUUUGCGACGAAGCUCACCGAGCAAGCACCUUCUUCACCACCUCCUGGAAGCAAGUUCCCGUUGCUUGCCUGGUGCCGUCAGCAGCACCAGUCCAAGUGGGAACAUCUCACCAACCGAGUUUUCCAACAGCUCUAUGCAAGUUGUUGUUGUUGGAUAGCCUCUGCUGGCCUCUCCGUGAGGCCGCUCAAGCACUGGCAUAGCACCCGUCUACCCAGACUCUCCCACACGCACAUAUCCGACCUACGAUGGCCGGUAAAACAUUCAAAAAAAAUGUUGCCGGAUUGAUCUCCUCCUCCAAGGCGGCGAAGAGCCCCGACUCCGAUGUCUCGCCGCGCACAACCACAACCACUACCACCAACUCCAAAGCUCCCACCGACUAUUUCGCCGCCAACAUCAGCCCCCCGCAGUCUCCUCAGCAAUCGCCCGGCGCAACCAUACCGUUCCCACCACUGGCGACGGCGUCAUCGGGCGCUAGUACCAACACCUUUACGUCGUCGUCCAACUCGGCAGUGGACGGUGUGGAUGAUUUGCGACAAGCCUCGAAUGCUAGCAGCAACCGGCCGGGCGUCGCAUCUAGAAAAUCCUCGACGGCCUCUGUCACAUUCCGCCCUCCUCGAAAUCCAAGCCUCCCGCAAGGCGCGCACCGGAAAACGGAUAUAAAAACGAGACUCCGGGAGGCGUCGCCCGAACCUGUGAAAUCGAUCCCGUUCGGCUGA